AUGGAUAAAGACGCUGAAAACAAAGUUACAUCAAGAUCUUGCAUUUCUGCAUUUGCAAUGAGAGGCACAUUGGCCCGGAUGCGAACGAGUUUUCAUCCCCCAUUCUCACUAUCGCGAGAGGAAGAAGAAGAAGAACAGGUGCAUGGCAUGGUUGUCAUGGAAACGGUUGCUAUGGAAACAGUCACUUACUAUGGUCCUAGUUACUAUGGUCCUAGUUACUAUGGUCCUAGUUACUAUGGUCCUAGUUACUAUGGUCCUAGUUACUAUGGUCCUAGUUACUAUGGUCCUAGUUACUAUGGUCCUAGUUACUAUGGUCCUAGUUACUAUGGUCCUAGUUACUAUGGUCCUAGUUACUAUGGUCCUAGUUACUAUGGUCCUAGUUACUAUGGUCCUAGUUACUAUGGUCCUAGUUACUAUGGUCCUAGUUACUAUGGUCCUAGUUACUAUGGUCCUAGUUACUAUGGCCCUAGUUACUAUGGUCCUAGUUACUAUGGUCCUAGUUACUAUGGUCCUAGUUACUAUGGUCCUAGUUACUAUGGUCCUAGUUACUAUGGUCCUAGUUACUAUGGUCCUAGUUACUAUGGUCCUAGUUACUAUGGUCCUAGUUACUAUGGUCCUAGUUACUAUGGUCCUAGUUACUAUGGUCCUAGUUACUAUGGUCCUAGUUACUAUGGUCCUAGUUACUAUGGUCCUAGUUACUAUGGUCCUAGUUACUAUGGUCCUAGUUACUAUGGUCCUAGUUACUAUGGUCCUAGUUACUAUGGUCCUAGUUACUAUGGUCCUAGUUACUAUGGUCCUAGUUACUAUGGUCCUAGUUACUAUGGUCCUAGUUACUAUGGUCCUAGUUACUAUGGUCCUAGUUACUAUGGUCCUAGUUACUAUGGUCCUAGUUACUAUGGUCCUAGUUACUAUGGAAAAUUGUAUUAG